AAACUCAUAAUUUUGACAUAUCCAAACUCACAAACAACAUCAAGCAGUAUAAUUUUAGACUGGUGAUGGACCCCCUGGAACAUGUCACACAACGUCGUGAAUUUAUUUACAGCGUGACCUCUGUUCUUUUCUCCUUGGUCACCUUCGCCCUGCUGCAAUCUGGGUUGACGGGGCUGAUCAGUCACAUCACUGCCUUCCAGGAACUGCCUCUCUCCACAUUUGUAUGGCUCGUGGGGGCCGAGUGGCUCAAAGUGGGGCUGGUGCACCUCUUGUCCCCAGCGACAGUCGGUCACGGGAGUGGGAGGACACCCUUUCUUCACGUCAACUCCAAGUCCGCAGCCCCUCCGGGCAGCAGAAAGUCAUCAACAGUGACCUCCUUCUCCAAGGUCCUCGAGUUUGGAGGUAUUUGUUGGCAGACCAUCCUGUGUUGUGGUGUUUGUCAUAUUUUCAUGGUUCUGUUUGGAGCACCUCUCCUCAGUAAGUUCGUUCUGACUGCACAAUUCAGUAUCAUUCUAACCGGAUGGAUGUUCGUUCCGUUAACUUUUACAUUCCCAGCCAAAGAUAUCCUGAAACAAGUGAUUUACUUCAGUACUUGGAACACAAAGCUCACUUCCGUACUUCGUGCCAAGUUGCGGUUUAUCUCUACGAUUGGCGGUGCGAUGGCUGGCGUUGUUUUGAUUCCGCUGGACUGGGACCGUCCGUGGCAGGUGUGGCCCGUGCCCACCCUCUUUUCCGCAUUUCUCACCGUGUUUGCAGUCAACACGGCCUUCUCCCUCUACACGCUCCUCAACCAAUUUUAUCCUUGGAUGAAACCAAGUACUAGUCGUGUUAGCAGCAGCAGCGCCGGUGGAAAUAAUUACAAGACUAAAAAUUACUAGUUUAUGUUUGUUGUUUCAUUAUAAUUAUAUUUAAUUUAUAUAUUUCUCUUGCAAUUUAUACUUUAAACAUCACAUAUAUAGUUUAGCAUUAAAUGUUACAGAAGAAAGUAAUCAAA